AUGAACACUCAACCAGAGUCCUCCAACAGUAGGCGCCACACAUACCGCCCUGCUACGGAAUUAGUGUUUGUAGAUUGUCCAGAGGGCUCUGGAGCUAAUCACUAUAAUGCUGCAUCGGUACCCAUCUACCAGACCGCCACUUUCAAACAGACUUCAGCUACACAAACCGGGGAAUAUGAUUAUACACGUAGCGGUAAUCCAACGAGAUCUCACUUGGAAAAUCACUUGGCAAAAAUCAUGUCAGCGAAUCGUGCGUUCGCUGUAAGCAGCGGAAUGACCGCAUUGGACGUUGUGGCUCGUUUGGUCAAAUCGGGCGAGGAAAUAAUCGCUGGAGACGAUUUAUAUGGAGGCACAAACCGUCUUUUGACAUUUUUGAACAAGAACUGCGAUAUCAAAACCCACCAUGUCGAUACAACAAACCCAGAGGUCAUUCUUCCACAUUUGCAUCCAACUCGAACAAGAUUGGUCAUGUUGGAAACGCCAACAAAUCCCCUGAUUAAGAUUUGUGACAUUUCUACUAUUUCGUCGAUUGUACAUGAGCAAUGUCCUAACGCAUUGAUUGUGGUCGAUAACACAAUGAUGUCGCCAUAUUUGCAAAAACCAUUAGAAUUGGGGGCAGAUAUUGUUAUCCAUUCGGGUACCAAAUAUCUCAGUGGCCAUCAUGACUUGAUGGCUGGUGUCAUUGCAGUUAAGGAUAAAGUAGUCGCAGAGAAAAUUUAUUUCACGAUAAAUGCAACUGGCUGUGGCUUAUCUCCAUUUGACUCGUGGUUGCUUCUUCGCGGGGUCAAGACGCUGGCCGUUCGUAUGGAUAAGCAGCAAUCGAAUGCCAUGCAGAUUGCCACGUUUUUGGAAUUUCACGGAUUCCAAGUAAGCUAUCCUGGUUUGCAGUCCCAUCCCCAAUACGAAUUGCAUGCGAGAAUGUCAUCGGGGCCUGGUGCAGUGUUGAGUUUCACAACGGGGGAUACUAGCGUAAGCGAACGAGUCGUCGAGUCGACUAAACUUUGGGCCAUCAGUGUUAGUUUUGGAUGUGUUAAUUCUAUGCCAUGCAGAAUGUCCCAUGCAAGCAUUCCGGCUGCUGUGCGUGAAGAACGAGGAUUUCCAGAAGACCUCAUUCGACUGUGCGUUGGAAUAGAGGAUGCGGCUGAUCUGAUUGAAGACUUGCAUCAAGCAUUGGUAACUGCGGGAGCGUUAAAAAAUGAUGACUUGCGAGAGGCUUGA